GGUGAGUAAAGGACAUAGAGUGGGCGGGGCCAACAGAGGAGACAGAGUGAGGAGGAGAGAGCCAUCGUCUCACUGAUGCUGAGUCACAUAUCAGAGAGAUCUCAGCUGCAUCCCAUGAGUCCGAGGAAAAAUGGAGGAACUUGAACACACCUGCCCUCAUCCCCGAACGACUCUCAUCGAGCCUGCCAUUUUUGCCAGGGAGACCAGCUGCGACUGUCGAGCACCUCACGAAAAGCUCACCAUCGAGCAGGCCCGCAGAGGCACCCCAGUUGACCGGCCUGUCAGAGUCUAUGCAGAUGGCAUCUUUGACCUGUUCCACUCUGGACACGCUCGCGCUCUCAUGCAGGCCAAGAACCUUUUUCCCAACACCUACCUGCUAGUCGGAGUUUGCAGUGAUGAGCUGACUCAUAAAUACAAAGGCUUCACGGUCAUGACGGAGCAGGAACGGUACGAAGCGCUGAGACACUGCCGCUACGUUGAUGAAGUUUUGAGAGACGCACCCUGGACUCUGACACCCAAGUUUCUGGAUAAACACAAGAUUGAUUUUGUGGCUCAUGAUGACAUCCCAUAUUCCUCAGCAGGAAGUGAGGAUGUCUAUAAACACAUCAAGGAGGCAGGGAUGUUUGUGCCCACACAAAGAACGGAGGGAAUCUCCACUUCUGACAUAAUCACUCGAAUCGUUCGAGACUAUGAUGUCUACGCCCGGCGCAAUCUUCAGCGUGGUUACACAGCAAAGGAGCUUAAUGUCAGCUACAUCAACGAGAAGAAGUACCGGCUACAGAACCAAGUAGACCGCAUGAAGGAAAAAGUUCGCACAGUUGAGGAAAAGAGCAAACAUUUUGUUUGCCGUGUGGAAGAGAAGAGUCACGACCUGAUUCAGAAAUGGGAAGAGAAAUCUAGAGAGUUCAUUGGCAACUUCUUAGAACUUUUUGGACCUGAUGGAACAUGGAAACAAGUGCUUCAGGAACGCAGCGGCCGCAUGCUGUCCUACGCUCUGUCCCCAAGAGAGUCGCCCUGCAACAGUCCUCCCCGUGAACUGUCCCCCCUGCGAUCCCCCUCACCUCCGUCCCCCCCGGCUCGCUGGCACAAUGCACGACCUUCGCCCCCCACCUCCCCCAAAGGAGCAACCUCCAUGAGCAGCAUGAGUGAAGGCGACGAGGACUAGAAUUAGACGGACUUCCCAAACGCACCCAGACACACAUUUUCAUUCACAACACACUGCCUGGAAAUUCCUCACAAAAAAAAAAAAAAAAAGACAACACACCGAUACUUGCUGGAAACUAUAACAGCUCGUCUUUUUGCAAGACUGUCCAACGAUUGAGGAAAUGUUGUUUUUGAGCUGCAGGGUACAAAGCCAUCAAUGUCUCUGAUGUCUGGACAACCAAGCAGAGGAAGAGGAAAUUUGACGUAUGAGUGCAAAAUCUCAUAGACGACUAUGAAUCCCGAGCAAUAUCUUUUAGAGAGGUUUGCUUUGGGCUGUCCAGCACUGACCGAGACUCUCUAAAGUCCUGCUUAGUACAUCACUGCUUUUUUUUGUCUUUAUGUGUCAAUUCAUUUAAAGAUGUUAUUUAUUUAUUUAAUACUACAUGUGAAUAGAUAGAAAGUUACAGAAAAGCUUUGUCUGCAUUUUUAGUAAGAAAAAGUCACCUAAUCGUUUUUGAUACUUCAUUAAUAACUCAAGUCUGUUAAAAAAAAAAAAAGAUAAACAUCCAACACCCAAAAGGGACAAUUAAAAGCUCAAUGUGUAUUUUUAGAAUUCAUACUGUGGGGAAAAAUGCAUGAAGAGCUUUAAAACAUAUUAUAAAACUUAUAUUGCUAAAUUCUGUUCAUGUGAGGGAAAAACCUCCUAUAAUUCUAUAAUAAAACUGCAGUCUAAACGCUUUUUCUUCACACCAGGGAGUGGUAAUAAACCAAACCCUUUUGCAUUCUUGAAUGUAAGAGAUAAAACUGAACGUAAAAGUUAUCUUUAUCCGAGGUCAAAUCGCAGAUGUUAUCGCCUGCAGCGACCAAUAAAACCUGCUGCUUUUCAUCAUGUCGUUUGUCAAAUUUACACAGAUGAUUUCUGACUCUUACAUCGAAACAUAACAAGCUUUAGUCAUACUUGAAUUAAAAAAAUACUCAAGCUUGUUGUUAAAAAUGUUUGUCCUGUUUCUUUUUUAAUAAAACAUGUGUACAACUUA